AUGAUCAACCACAAAGUUUUAUUCCCAGGACUGGACAGGGUCGACCAGUGGUCAAAAAUUAUUAAUGAAAUGGGCACGCCAGGCGAGGAUUUUGUGAAGCAGCUUGGCGACAGUGCCGCUAUAAAGAAAUUUCAGGUACGUAAGAUCUCUCCACCACAAGUGGGCAAACCCAUCGAACAGAUCGUUCCAGACUCAAACUUCCUCAAAGAAACUGAGAACGUCAAAGCAAAUCUGACAGCGGAAUGGGGCCGAGAUUUGCUAGCAAAAAUGCUUGUGAUUAAUCCUGACAAUCGAUACUCUGUGGAACAGUCGUUGAACCAUCCCUAUGUGAAAGUGUGGUUCCGGGAUGAAGAAGUGAAUGCGCCCCAGUCUGAAAAUCGCUAUAACGAAGAAAUUGACUGUGCUGACAGGACGCUACUGAAUGGAAAGGGGUUGCUCAAGUAUCCGAAAUUCCGAUAUCCACAGUUUCAAACUAGAGCUGAUCUACCAAGAGGUGAAGCAGUUCGAGGCAAAGCAUGA